AUGCCGCAAAAAAAUAAAGGUACUUCACCACCCGAGUGCCUGGUGGUGGUGGUUGUCGACGGGACUUUUCGACUAGAAAACCAUUCUGAAACCAUUUUUAAAGCUUACCUAGAGUCAAUACUUAAGCAUUUAAAGUCUCCAUAUGUAGAGGAUAAAGAGAGAAAAGAAAAAAUUUGGCCCAAUUUGAGGUGUGGUCUCGUUACUUUUGGACAUUAUGAACCAUAUUCACCUAUACCCGUCAAGUCACAUUACUUUGAGAGCUUAUCACAGUUUGAAGAACUUAUAACGGGGAUAGAGUUUGCUAAUGGAGGGAUGUACGAGAAUGCGGUGGCAGAGGGUUUGGUUUCAGCACUUGAAAUGUUCGAUUUGCAUACAUCGCAGAUGGAGUCCGACGCACCACAGCCGAAAAGGCAUUGCGUUUUAAUAUCCAAUAGUCAUCCGUGUCCAGAUCCCGUUCAUCGAAAUAUAAGUAGUAAAUACGAUGAUUACACCAUUGAGCAAGUAGCCGAAGAGAUGCAUAAACAAAGUAUUUACCUCUCAUUAAUCACUCCAGAAAAGGGCUUUGACGAAUUAGAAAAUCUAGUUGAAAUGGUUAAUCGAAACAUUGAAGUUCAUGAUGCUCCUGAUGUAAUAGAUUCUUCGCAUGUCGUGAAGUUGGCAAAUUUCAAAGUACCUUUUUCACAGCCCACUGAAGUGAUGGCGGAAAAAAAAAGGAAACGCGAGGACUCCACGCCCAUAAGUGAUUCGCACACUAGUGAACAGCCGACAUCUACGAGCUCGGCAAGUUCUUCGCCGGAAAGCAAAAAGGUCAAACUCGAAAAUGUUGAUGAGCAAUCAAGAGAGCAAGUUCAAAGCGUUUCUGCUAGUCGACCGUCGGAGGUUGCUUCGGACACGAAAAAACAGGUUUCUUCACCAGUCUUACCCGUUCAGCAACCACCCAGCAAUCCAUCCGGUAGUAAAUCACAAGUAAGUAGUCCCAAGGUUCCACGGUCCUCGCCCGUCGUGUCGAAUGUAGCUCCCGCUUCGGCGAUAUCAACUGUUACCGUCAACCAAAUACAACAACAGCAACAAUCACCUAUGAAGGUUCCACAACAGAUACCCCAACAAACCGUCUCUGCUCAACUUGCUAACUCGUUGUCAUCUGCAGUGGGUGGUGCGCGACCUGUGCCGCAAAAUGUGUUGCAUUUUAUGAAUGCUCAACAACUCAUCCAGAAAAACAAAUUAUUACAGCAUGAAUUACUAGCGAGUCAGCAAAAUCUUGUGGAUGUUUUGAGACGUCAACAAUUUGUGAACUCUGGAGGGAUUGGUCCAAGUUACACGACUACCACUUCGCCGAUUGGCACUGAUACACAGUCUCUCAACAGUUAUGCUACCUCACCAUCUUUGGGUUCCGUUGUGAACGCACAAAAUAUUGGUGGCUUUAAUCCGUCUGGUUCAUCUUCUCAACCAGUUCUUGCAUUCCCGCCUACAACGUUAAAUGCACGAAUUCCAACGACUUCAGCGACGGUUGGGAUGUCUUCUUUGUCAGCAGCUCCUAACGGUAUAAUAACCACCAAUCCGGCGGUCAAUAGUUCGAUAGGUAUAAAUAAUGUGACAAGUUCGGCCGCCUCAGCGGCUGGUGUCAACGCAAACCAGAUACGACCGAACAUACCUAAAACACUUAACGCCCUGUGGAGUGGUUAUAUUGCAUGGGCAACAGGUGGUCAACAGAAUGGAUUCAAACGUGAACUCACCUGCCAUGUGACCGCUUUCCCCCAUCCAAAUAGGAGGACUGGUCCUUCUUCGCUGAAUGAUUAUAUGACGCAUGUUUGGCCCGAAAAAAUGGAAAUAUCUAGCAUAAACCACGCUAAAGAUUUCAUAAAAGAUGCCGGGAAUAAUCCGAAACUGCAUGUUGUUUCGUUUUUACCGACCCCAUCGUCCGCAGCCUCAACGGAUAAUCAAAAUACGUUUACAGUUUUGAUGCGUAUUUUAGAGAGUAAAAAAUUGGCCGCCUUUGCGCGCUUCCCAAAUGCACCUAAUUCUAACGGCGGCGUAGUUUUAUUUACGAAUGGGCCUAAACUUGUUGGUCUACUUUUCCUGGAUUCACCACUGCCGACAAGUUUAACUUCCCAGCAACAACUGUUGCAAUCGACUAUACUACAACAACAGCAAGCGCUUCAAGCACUUCAACAGCAAUUACAGCAGCAACCGGGUCUGCAACAGAUGCUUCAGCAGCGAAGAGUUAAUCCACAAAUGCAGGUUGCAAGAUUACCUACACAACAAACUCCACAGACGAUGGCCCAACAACAAAUGAUGCUUCAGAGGCAGAUGCACUUGUCAUCACUCUUCCAGACCGCAUCGAGUUCCAAUCCAAGAAUGGACGGCCAAGACCUCGUGCAUUAUGUUAAACAACAACGACAGCAAACCCAGCAGCAGCAACAACCUACUCAGUAA